GAUUAGCAGCAAUGCAGUAUAUAUUAUAUACUUUGCGCAUGUUUUAAAAGCUGUUCACCUUUGAUAGUUUAUUUGUAGAUCGCUUUUGUACCAAGAAGCUUUUGAAAAAGUUCUGUCACUGARUAAGUUCUAUGGUUUUACAUAGUGUAAGGUAUAUUUCUAGUCAGGAGGUUACUAACAAUUGCGAUUCGAUAAAUGGUAAACUUAAGCUCCACAUUGAAUUAUUUCAAGCAGGGAAAGAAGAUCUUCAGCAUAAAAAAAAAGAAAGAAAAAGAAAAACCAGCUCCAACUGUGUCAAAUGGAUACCCAAUCAAUUUCGYCAGUUUUAACAAGUUUCAUUUCAAAACAAGAAUUAAAACAGCAAGAGGUUUGUGGCUUAGCACAGUGUGUUCAAAUCGUCCAUCUACUGUGUGUCUACAUAAAAGAGUGUUGGUUUCGAAAGGAAAAUUGGAAUCGCUUUGCGCACUUUUCAGAAUGGAAAAAGAAGAAGAAAAGGAGAUCCAAAAGAUUACAGCUUCGACGCUAAUUCAACCCAAGAAAAAAAUAAGUCGAAGGCUUCGCAUAUCAAACGGUCUUUUCUGGUCAAGGCGUGCUGUCCAACCUUUAUCUAAUAGUUCAGCUUCACUCAGGUCUUGUGAAUACAAUGCGGCGUCAAGAUGUCAAAGGCACUGGCUAACCGUCAAAAUCCUCUCAGUUUCUUUGUUUUCUGUUGUUGUUUUGCUGAUUUUAUUAUCCAUGGAUGUCAAUUCGGCUUUGACUCUUGUAACAAAAGAAAGAGCAUUGCAAGAGUCAGUCGGCGUUAGUAUUAAAGUGGCAGAAUUGAUUCACAAUCUACAAGUCGAACGAGGGCUAACAGUAUUAUAUAUUUCCUCCGGACGUAACGCAAGCAGAGUUGGUGCCUUAAAAAAAGCUCGCGCGAAAACUUCCACAUCAAUCACGAAAGUUCCUUCGUGGCCAGACGAAGUUCCAAGUCACAUAUUUCGCUCUCAAGAGGCUUUCACUCAGGAGAUCGAAUCUCACAGAGAAGUCGUGGACAACAGUCAAAAUUCUACAAUUGAAAGUGAGAUUAAGUACUACACUAAUAUCAUAGACAUGUCUUUAAAUUGGUUGUUUCAAAGUGUAAUGAAAAACACACUGAACGAAAGAAUCUUUGACCUUCUUGGCUAUUAUCAGUUUCUAGUAGCCAAGGAUAAGACAGGGAUAGAGAGGGCACUUGGCGGUUCUUUCUUUGCACGAGGUUACUUUAACGACACAAAGGACUUGUUAUGGUAUGCUGAGCAAAAGUUGAUUGGUGAUGCGUUUUUGAACUCAAGCAAGGAUUUGAUGAAGUUUCUGAAUGAUGAGUACAACGACCUUGUAUCGAAAAAAGCAGAAGUUAUGAAUGAAUUGAAAGUGAAACGAUCAAUCAUCUUCGAAAAUAAACCAGCGAAAGGGAACGGCACGGCAGGACAAGUCUGGUUCGAUCUCAUCACCGAGUACAUGGAAGUUUUAUUUGAAGUUCAGAGUAAAACCAGCCUUAACGUGUCUGGCAGCUUAGAGAAAGAUGUAGAACGUAGAGAAACCACCCUGAUUAUUAGCAGUGCAAUCCUUGUGCUUGUUCUAGCCUUGACACCAAUUAUGGUGGUUGCUGUAGUGCGCAUGACAAGCACCAUUCAGAAAUACGCAGCCCAAUUAGAAUCCACAACUAAGAACUUGAUUGAAGAACAGAAAAGAACAGACAGCGUGUUGUCCGCCAUGUUUCCGAAAACCGUUGCAGAAACCUUGAAAAAAGGUGAGCGUGUCAACGCCGAGUAUUUCGAUAGCGUCACGGUGUACUUCAGCGACAUCGUUAACUUUACCAAUAUUUGUUCGAUGAUUUCACCCAUGCAAGUCACAUCGAUGCUGAACUCAAUAUACAGUGCAUUUGAUGACACCAUUGACAAGUUCGAUGUGUACAAAGUGGAGACGAUUGGAGAUGCAUACAUGGUCGUGUCUGGUCUGCCAAUCAAAAACGGUAACAAUCACGUGGACCAGAUCUGUCAAAUGGCGUUUGACUUGCUACAGCUUGCAAAGAAUUUCAAGAUAGCGGAGGUUCCUGGUGAAGCUCUUGUUAUCCGUGUUGGGGUUCACACAGGUCCAUGUGUAUCAGGCAUUGUGGGUGUGAAGAUGCCGAGAUAUUGUCUAUUUGGUGAUACUGUGAACACAGCGUCGAGAAUGGAAUCCACUGGACUUCCUCAAAAGAUUCACAUCAGCGAGACGACUAAGCAGCUGUUGAAGUAUUUCGAUAAAUACGAGGUGGAACAUCGUGGACACAUCGAGGUUAAGGGAAAAGGGCAGAUGCAAACAUACUGGCUGAAUGGCUGUGGCAGGCCAUGCUCCCCCGAUGAAUUGAGCGCAUUGGAGUUGACUGAAACAGAUUUUGAUUCUACCAUUUCCUUGCCGGGCAAAGCCCGAUGAACUUGACAAACUGAUUGUAAAUUGCUGAAUUUCAGCUCUAAGGGGACGAUCAAACGUGGAAUUUUACGUGUAUCAAAUUCAAUGUAAAUAAGAUAACCAUGAGACUAGGAUGAUCAUUUACAUCGAAUUUGAUAUGAGGUUUUAUCAUAUAAUUAUCUAUGAAAUACCUAUAUUUCUCCA